CCAAUUUACAGCUACUUUCUUUGUGUAUUCCUUAAAAUCGCAGUAAAGCACAUUGAACCCUGUGGUUGUGACAAGAUGUCAAAAGUUACUGAGAAUGAAUACUUUCACAAGCCACUGUAACUAAAGUCCAUUAUAAUCCUAAAUAUCAGCAAACUAUGGUUCUUUUUCCACUUGGUUCUGCGUAUAAAGAUAAUACUGCCAUGCAAAGCGUUCCUCAUUGAUUACACAGCUGAAGUGGGUCACACAGUGGCUGCAUUGUGCUUUAAAGUGUAGCUGGAGGGAUGAAACUCAGUGCGCAGCGAAGCCCCGCCCCCGGUGGGAGCUUUCCACCAAUCAAAUCGCCGCUCCGGCGGGAGGACGGGUUGUCGGAGGUGCUGGCAACAGGUUCCACUGGUAGUGGGGGUAAUUUUUCCCAAUGUCCUCAGCUCUUGGACUAACAUCUCCACGUCUCAUCGCUGCGUGGAGUUGCUGCUGAUUCAUGCAAGCAGAGGAAGAGCUCGGCAACUGGCCCAUCAUUCCAGAAAUAGGAAGCGACAAUGGGAACUUCUUCCACUGACAGGAGGGCGCAGGUGGAUUACGGCGUUCAGAUCCGCUUCAUCAAAGACCUCCAUGACACAGGUGGGGUUCAACCUGAAAAAUCCAGAGGAAACAACAGUGCGACACCUCCUUCCAACAAAUAUGGGGUGGCCGUGAGGGUUCAGGGGAUCUCCGGGCAGCCGUACGUGGUUUUAAAGGAUGGAGAGAAAGGUGACUCUUAUGGAGUUCAGCUGUCUAAUCCCAAUCCCACUUCAGGGCCAACGUCUCCAUACAACAGUAUCCCAAAACUUAAGAAAGAACCUGCAGAUUUCCAGAACUCCUUCAGCCCUAUUGUAAAUCCUUCCCGCUCCCCUGUUUCUCCAACAGAAGAUGAGGAUGGAGAAAUUUUUGGGAGUCCUCUUAGAAGACCUCCAGGGGAUGGUCAAGCAGGAACUCAGGGGGAGGAGGAAGGUACAGCUGGUAGGGAGCAUCGGGUGGAGAAGCUGAAAGCUGAACGCCAACUCAAAGCUACGGUCAGCAAAGCAGAAAAGAAAAUGAAUGGGUCUGAUAAUGAAGAGUAUAACGAAGCAGGACUAAAGCCUGUUAAAUUAAAAUCUGUGGGACCUAAAGGGUUUAACCAAACUGCUGCUGGAUUUACCAGUUCUUUGGGGCGGAAACCUCGCACAGAUUCACCCCGAAAGUCCUUCACAGAUCCUCCACCACUAGCUGACAGCGAGCCAGUCCCAGCAAUUGACACCAACUCCCUGGCGCCCAUAAAUAAACUCAUCUGCAAGUUCAACAACAGUACGCCAGGCAGCGCCCCGCAGACGAGAGGCCGCACUGGAGUGAGGCAGCGGCUCCAGUUUGAUGAACGCAGGAGGUCAAGAAGUCUCGACGCCCGAAAAGACGCAGAGCCGCAAGUCUUCCCUGCCUCUCCUUCAUCUCCCACUCUGAACCCUUAUGUUGCUCCCAUGUCGGGCACUUCCAGUUCAUUCAUGUCAUCUGCUCCAGCAACCGCAGUCAAGGUGACGGCACCUCGUGCCCCCAAGGCAAGCUUCAAGUCACCAGAGAAGUUUGUUGCUAAAGAAAGCCCUCCAUCUAUUGCAAAAAAGCCCGAGACCCUUUCAAGAAGUCUGAGUCAAAACACAGAGGUUGUUAAAAAAGAAGAGGCUCAAAUCAAACAGUCUGUUUACGACGUCCUGAAAGAUGGCUCCAGUGAGACUGAAGGUUCCUUCAAAAGAAAAGCCAGCUUCGUCUAUGAGACACCAGACAGAUUACAGACGGGAGGAUCUAAUGGAAGCAUCAAAAAGGAGAAACUUGAAAACCUUCAGAAGCAACUCGAACGUUACAAGAAAGAACUGGAGCAGGCACAGGAUGAACUUGCUGCAGAGAAAAUGGCCAGAGAGGUGGCAGAGUCCCGUCUGCACCUUCAGGAAGAUCAGCUGGCUCAGCUUCAGGAAGAACUCAGGAGGGUUUCAGAGAACCUACCGCCGUCAGACUCAUUUCAGUCGGACGUGAUGAACCUGCAGGCCCAGCUGGCCAAGGCCGCCAUGUUAUACCAACGCCAAGAGGAGGUACUCCACCAGCGAGAGCGUGAACUGACGGCUCUGAAGGGGGCGUUGAAGGAGGAGGUGGAGUGCCAUGACCGAGAGAUGGAGGCCCUGAGGGAGCAGUUCAGCCAGGACAUGAAGAACCUUAGAAAAUCCAUGGAGGAGUUCACCCAGUCACAGGAGCAGAUUGAGGUGGAGCGCGAGAAGGUGAAUGUUUCCCUGUUGACGUUGGAGGAGGAGCUGGAGAGCAGCAGAGAUCAGGGGGAGCGGUGGAGGACGGAGCUGGAGGCGACCACGCAGAAGCUGCACAACACCAAAGAAGAGAAUCGAGAACAGUCCAGCAGCAGAACGCUAAAGAAGUCUCAUUUGGAGAAGGAAAAGGUUGAGGACUCCCUAAAGGAUCUUCAGAAAUCAUGGCUUUCCAUGAAGAAGGAAAAGCCUGUGUCUGACGAUACCAGUUCUUUAAAAGAGGAUCUUCGGCGUUGCCAUGACGAUCUGAAGCAAACCCGUACUUAUCUGGAGAGACAAAAGGGUGAGACAGAGGAGAAAACCAGGACACUUGAAGCCCUGAAGAAGGCGAGCAGAGAGAAGGAGGCUGAGCUUGUGUCAGAGAUUAGCAAGCUGAAGGAGCAAUUUCAGAAAGACAAGACCGAGCUGGAAAAGCCCCUCGAGAGGGCAAAGGAGUCAACUAUUACAUCUACAGGAAAGACUGUGGUGGACAGCGGCACCAACCAGGAGCUACAGCAGGAAAACACUCGCCUUAAAGAGAGGCUGGCCCGGAUGCAAACAAGGCUUCAGUCCAGUGUGCCAUGCAGCUCUGAUGCUGAAGAGGAGCUGGAAGCCUUGGAAGAUGAGAACCGCUCCCUGAAGUCUCAGCUGGAGGAGGCCAAGAGAGGUUCCAGCCGCCUGAACAAAGAGCGGGACGAACUCACCCGACGGCUGGAGGAAAGAGACUUGGAGAGGGAGGCGCUGAAACGGGCCAAGAGCGACCUGGAGGAGCAGAAACGGCUGCUGGACCGAUCUCUGGAGAAGAUUAACAAGGAGAUGGAGAUGAUGAUGGGAGAUUCCCGUCAGUCGGUGGCCACCUUGCAGACACAGCUGGAAGAAUUCAGGGAGCGAUCGAGGAAGGACCUGCUGGAGGCGCAGCGUAACAACAAGGACAGGCUGGCUGAGCUUCAAAGGGCUCAGACUAACCUGAAGGCCCAGCAGGAAGAGGUUUCCCGUCUCAAGAAGGAGCUGCUGACGUGCAGCGAGGAGAGAGACAGUGCUCAGCUGGAGAGAGAUCUACUGAACAACCGGCUAAAACACUUGGAGAAUGAGCUGGAAUCCGAGAAGAAUUCGCACUCUGACCGCAGCCGGGAGAUCCGGGGCCUGGAGGAUAAAAUCAAGGCACUGGAGAUCGAGCUAGAUGAAGAGAAGAGUGGUGUGGAGCUGCUGAAUGAUCGCAUAACCAGAAGCAGAGAUCAGGUGGACCAGCUUCGCUCAGAGCUGAUGCAGGAGCGCUCAGAGAGACAUGACCUGGAAAUGGACAAGAGCGCUAUAGAGAGACAGGUAAAGGAGCUGAAGUCACGCUUGGCUGACAUGGAAGGACAGACCCGACACACAGCUGGAAUCGCCCUGCUGGAAAACAAGAUCCAGGAGCUGGAGGAGAGACUCCGCAGUGAAGAAAGGGAGAAGACGAGUAUCCAGGCCUCCCUGAGACGAAUGGAGAGAAAACUGAAGGAGCUGAAUGCCACAUUAGACCAGGAGAGAAGCCAGCAUAUUGAGCAGCGGGAUCAGCUGACCCUUCGUGUUAAAGCCCUGAAGCGGCAGCUGGACGAGAGCGAGGGGGAGGUGGAGCGCUUGGAAGGAGUCCGCCGUAAGGUCCUCAGAGACCUGGAGGAGCAGCAGGAGCUCCAGGAAGCACUCCAGGCCAAAGUCACAGCACUGGACACUGACCUGAAGCGUAAGUUGCAGCAGACUCAUCGCACAGCUCUGAGCAUGUCCACGUUGAGCUCCGAUGAGGAGGACGAUUUCUAUGAUGGCAGUAAAAACCCUCCAUCCUGAGCAGGAGACGACCACAAAUAAAUACCUGCUAGCAAAAAAAAAGGACAAGAGGGAAAGCAGAGAUCUCAGGGCAUCAGUGGCUCACCUGUGAAGAUCUUUUAUUUUGCAGUAGCAGGUUGAACAGAUUUAUCAGAUUUGUCUGACCCUUCCCCUAUGCUGUGAUUAUGAUUCCUUCAGAAAUGUCUUUUAUCUGUCUUGGUUUUUAAAGAUUCGCAGCAUGUUUUUAAAAAGAGCGACUCUUAUGUGUUUGGGUCAGUUUUGCUUCACAACCAAAAAGAGCCCCGUAAGUUUUAUAUAUGAACUCUGGAAUGAUAACUUAUAUUCUUCGUUUGCAGCUCCACGUAUGUCUUUGUGUUUAAUGUGAACUUUUCUUCUUUUUUACGGCCUGUUACCUGUUCCUAAAGAUAAUCAGAUGGACACGCAGCAGCAAAUAAACAUCUCCAUGUAUAAGUUUUUAUCACUGACCACAAAUACAGCUCUUAGCCACAAAUAAUUAUGUUCAACCACAAAUGAAAUAUUUAGAAGUUUACACACACACAUUCCAUUGAAUGUCAUCAUUUUUUGGCAUUAUUGCUUUGUUUAACCCUUUUUUUCUACAGAAUGCAUGACAAUACAACACAUACAUAUAUAUAUUUUUGCUUUUGUAGCCAUUUAAAAGGGUCUUGGUCUCGGGCUUGGUUCUGACUUAUAACCAAAGUCCACCAAUUAAUAAUCUGUUUGAAACCCGGUCUGUUCCAGAAGCCUAACAUCAGCCUGCUUUAGCCAUUCCAAACCCAAUUUAGGUGUUUGGGAUCAUCAGUCAGUCAGUCAUUUUCUACCGCUUAUUCCAUAGUGGGUCACGGGGGAGCUGGUGCCUAUCUCCAGCAGUCUAUGGGCGAGAGGUGUUUGGGAUCAUCGUCCUAUUAAAUCACCCAAUUGUGUCCAAGCUUUCCACAUUAGUCCUCCUCCUUCAUUAUACAGGCAUCAGAACCACUGCCACCGCCGUGCUUGACAAUGACACAGAUUAUAAAGUAGGCAAUGGAGCUUCAAUGAAAUAGUUGAAAGAACCUACAGAACAACACCAAACAGACCUGGAGAGCCAAAUUGAGAGGAAAUUUCAGAAUCUUAACUUGUGUGUGUUGAUGUCAAUGAAUACAGUCCCAACACACAUAAAAUGGAUUACCCAUUACUGCCAUUCUAGUUCCGGAUGGAGAUGUGUUCACAGACAUCUGGUAAAAAAACAUCAAAUCCUCCUUUUAUGUCAGAUUGAGUCCAUUUCUGAAAAACUGACUGAAUGACAAAUUUAAUGUGCUACAUUAGUGACUUGCUCAAUAUUGCAAUUAUUUCCACCACUAUGGAUCUUGGGAUGUUUCUGAUAAUUAUACCCAACUUGUGAGCAGCCAAAAGAAAAGCAGCAACAAGUCAGCCUGGCACAAGUCCUGAAAAUAAAGGCUUUCUUUCAGAAAGUUUAUGAUUUUAAUUUUUUUGUGCAAAUCUGCAAGAUAAAAUCAUGAAGAAUCUUGUCGAGCUUUGGAGAUGCGCUGCUGUCUUUUUUCCAUGGCUGGACAUAUUUUCUUUCAUGUAAAGGAGGACAGUUUCUGUCAGAUUAUGUAAACUUGGACACAGUUGGUUGUUGAUAGAACAAUGAUCCCUAAGACACAUCAAACUGGUUUUUAAUGAACAAGAUGAACAAUGAGCUUCUGGAAUGACCUUCUCAAAACCCUAUCCUUGAUCUUAAGGACGGUCAAUAAAAGCAGAGUUUGUGUCAGGAAACAGAUUUUAUUUUAACUCCUCCAAUUCUAGCAGGAAGAAUGGAUAUAAUACAGUAUGUUGGUGCUAUGUAUGUAUAUAUCUGAGCCAGUAUGUAUAAUUUAACGCUUUGUUGGUUAGAGAAAAAUCCACAAUAAAUUCAAACUGUCACACCUAAUCUAGUUUUGUUUUGUAAUCACUGGAUUUAUAUGGUGUUGUCAUUUCCUCCGGGACAAACAAAGGUUCAAAUGCAUCAUUAAAGCCGCGAAAUGAAUGACUUUAAUGCUCACGGUAAUUGUGUGUAAUGGUCUGUUUGGAACGGUAAAAAUGUUAAGUUACUGUACAUAUGUUUAUGUACAUCCUGUGUCUUUACUGACGCCUUACAUUGAGCUUCACGGUUUGACUUGCUGUCAUGUCAUUGCAGCAUCCGUGUUCUGUCUCUAUAGUUGCGGUAAUGAUUUUAGAUGGUGUUUCACAUGCUUGCCUUUGCCUGCAUGUUGCUCUGUGCAUUCCUGUAGCAGGACCCAUUAUGACAUUUUUGUAAGCACAUUUUGUUUUUUUGCACCUAGCUGUUAUGAAUGUUUCUGAUUUUCUUAUGAUGCUUUUAUUAUAAGAUCAUAUGUAAGAAUGCUAUUAAAUUAAAAUGAGUUUUUCAUGA